UUGGCGCAACUUUCAGGGACCUUGUCGGAGGCUCGCAUCUUCUCUGCAGAUAAAUGUAAGAUUUGAGCAUUAAAAUACCUGACAAACUGUUAUUAACAGCUAACCGUUUAAGGGGGCUACGUCGCGAGGAUAUAUUGCUGUAAAGUUCAGUGCGUUUACCCAUAAACAAAAUGCUCCUUUUGAGUUAUGAAUUUCAUCAGGGAGCACUAAUUAUAAACGUUUUAGGGUGAUUUUUGCAUAAUAGUAUUAAAACGUUAUUUCAAGUUUCAAGCCAUGUUUAUGCGCUUGUCAUCCAUAAAAAAAAUCAGACGAUAGGAAACAGUUCCAAUGCGUAAAUAUAGUCUUAAAAGACAAAUCUGGACCAUAAGUACUUAUGGAAUUCGAUUGAUGCGAAACCUGAUCGUUUCAGAUUUUCAACUGAGAGAUGGGAAAUAGCACAACUUAGCCCCUUUAAGCCCUGGUUAACAGUUACCUUUUUUUGCUAGGGCUGUCUGACCUUGAGAAAGAUGGAGUAUUUAAAGGUUUCAAGUCUGAACAGGGGCUAUUGGAAGUAAAGCAACGUGGUGCCUAUUACAUCUAUGCCCAAGUGUUUUUUGAAAUCUACCAAGACGGCCCUGAAGAUCAAAACCGUGUGGCAAUAACUGUAAAUGGAGAACCAUUUGCCUUGAUGCAAACAGGCCUCGGAAACAAAGCUGACGAUGGCAGCGUUUACACAGGUGGAGUUAUCCGGCUGAAAAAGGGCGAUAAGAUCGGCUUGAAAACCGUUUACGAAAGCAGGUUGCGGUUGUCAGCUAAACAUACCUUCCUUGGUGCAUAUAAAAUUGGAAGGUAUUGA